AUGGAAAAUUAUACAAACCAAUCUUUGGAUGAAUUAAGGGUGUGGAAUAGUGCACUAGCUACAAUUUUAAUUCCCAAUAAUGUUAUUCUGUCUCUGUAUAUGAUUGCAGGCUUUUUGGGGAAUUCCACUGUGAUUUUUAUAUAUGGACUGAAAAUAAAGGGUAACAAAGAAGAAAGAUAUUUCAUUCCAUUUCUGGCCACUGCUGAUCUGUGUGCCUCACUCGUUUGUGCUUCAUUCGGAAUCGCUCAAAAUAUGAUGCAGGCGACAUUUGAUAACGAACCUUUGUGUAAAACUUGGUGGUUUUUUGCAGGCUCUACCACUUUGAUAUCAGUAUUCCUCCUUAUAAUCAUUGCUGUUCACAGAUAUCUAAAGGUCUGCAAACCUCUUGGAAAACAAAUGACACUAAAGUGGAAACGGCUUGCGUUGGUUUUAUGUUUGGCAGUAGCAUUUCCUUUAGCUGGGCCUAUGACGUAUUUUUAUGGAUCAGAAUCUUUCGUAAAAGAUGACGAAAUGAGGAUCUACGGACGCCGAUGUGGGAGACUGAGUACUACCAACAAGACAGGGUCUUUAUUGUAUGGAGGUGUUCUAGUUCUUACUGCAAUUACAAUUAUUGUAGUGCUAACUUGUUUAUAUUCUAAAAUAGGAUUUACCAUAGUUAAACGCUUUAAGUAUAAGAAAGCAGUUGGCAACAACAGUACAACUGAGCAACCUCGAAGUAGAUUUUCCAGUGGCGAUGCUAUUGCUGAAUCUGAACAGGAUAUUCAUUCUGUUGAGACGGAUAGUACCGUAUUAUCAUCUUCACAUCUCCCUCAAGCUUCCAUUCCAACUAAGGGGAAAGUCAUACCAACUAAUACCAACCAGAGAUUAAAACAUCUUCCACUUUCAUCGAGUACAAAGCGUAGAAGAAAUCGGAGAACUGUUCAUAGAUUUACAUUAAUGUUCAUGCUGAUUACGGUCAUAUUUCUUAUUUGUUAUAUCCCUAAAGUUAUUAUCAUGCUUCUAGAGGCGAAUAAUACAAAAUUUUGGGAGGGAUUUUCCGAAGCCGGCAGAUCUGCAGUGUCGUUUGUUUACAGGAUUUACAUAUUAAACAAUGUCACAAAUCCAUUUAUAUAUGCCUUUUUAGACAAAAAAUUUUCAGAGCAAAUUAAGAAACUGUUUAAACUGCGUAAGAGCCCACCCUAA